GUGCGCGUCUCACAAGUAGCUGUAAUGGUUGAGGGUCUCUGCAGAGCAAGGUAGUGAAAUAUCUUCCUACUCCACGCCCUAUCAUUAUUAGGCUGUCAAUAGCUGCCCAGCACCAUGUCCCCUCUAGCAUCGGCUGCGACAGCGAGUGAAAGCAGUACGACCACCGUUUUCGAGGAGGACACCAGAGAGGAGCAAAGACCCCUGAAGCAAUCUCUGAGCAAGUCACUAUGUCGGGAGAGUUUUUGGAAAUGCCUGCUCCUGUCCAUUCUAAUGUAUGGCUGCAUGGGAGCAAUGGUUUGGUGUCAUGUCACCAAGGUGACCCGCCUCACCUUUGACAGUGCCUUCAAAGGGAAAUCCAUGAUGUACCAUGACAGUCCCUGCUCUGAUGGCUAUAUCUACAUCCCUCUGGCCCUACUGGGCAUGCUCUAUUUAGUCUAUCUUGUGGAGUGCUGGCACUGUCACGUGAAGAAUGAGCUGCAGCACAAAGUGGAUGUGGAGGGCAUCUAUGAGCGCAACCAAAGAAUGCAGCAAGCUAAACCCUGCAUCUGGUGGAAGGCCAUCAGCUAUCACUAUGUUCGCCGAACACGACAAGUCACACGCUACCGCAAUGGAGACGCUUACACUAGCACCCAGGUUUACCAUGAACGUGUCAACACCCAUGUGGCCGAAGCUGAAUUUGACUACAGUCACUGUGGUGUCAAAGAUGUUUCCAAACAGCUGCUGGGCUUGGAGAAGUCUGCUCUUACUAAGAUGCGGUUCACCAAGUGCUUUAGUUUUGCCAACGUAGAGUCUGAGAAUUCCUACCUUACACAACGAGCAAGGUUUUUCACUGACAAUGAGGGUCUUGAUGAUUACAUGGAAGCCAGGGAGGGCAUGCACCUAAAAAACAUUGACCUGAAGGAGUACGUUAUUGUGCUGCCUGACCCAGAGCACCAGCCCUGGUAUUUGUCCCACUAUGUCUUCUGGUUUGCCUCAUUCCUCACUUUCUCCUGGCCUCUCAGAGUCUUUACGGAGUAUCACACUGCAUAUGUCCACUAUCGCGUUGAGAAGCUCUUUGGGCACGAUUACCUCCCUGUGACCCCAUGUGAGGAUCGGCCAUAUUGCCGUCGUAUCCCUCGUGUUAACACCAUAGACAGUACAGAGUUGGAAUGGCACAUUCGGUCCAACCAGCAACUGGUGCCCAGUUACUCAGAGGCUGGCCUGAUGGACCUGGCCCAGUGCCCGACCAGCUUCAGUGGGAUACGUCAGAAUUGUGAGCGCUGCCACAGAGCCAUCAGCUGCUCCUCAGUGUUCUCCAGGAGUGCCCUCAGCAUCUGUACAGGGGCCAGCUCCCGCAUCCCCUUCAGCGGCAGUCGCUUCUCCUUGGCGCGGCGCUACGGCUCCCAGCGCAGCUGCUUCUGGAGGAGCGGCAGUUUGGAUGACCCAGAGAGUCCCAGCGAAAACACCCGCUGUCUAUCAGAGCGCCUCAACACAGAUGACGAGGAGCCCCCGGAAUAUGAUGACGCACUUUGCUACCCAGUGCUCAUUAUCCACUGUAGCGAGAAUUGCCACAACCACAGGUCUUUCCACAGGAAUGGCUCCUGUGUGGAGACUUCCUUGUGACUAUGCAGUCACUGACAAAACACAGUGGCAUUUCUGUAGCAUACAAACACUUUGGACAUCAGAAACAGAGUGUGUAAACGAGUCUUAAUGUGAGAUACUCAGAUUCAUGCGGUAUUGUCAUGCUAUCUUAAACAAAUGCCUGAAUCCUGAAUGUGAAUGUGUGAAUCACCAAAGCAAUAACAGUGAUUAGUGAGUGGAGAACAAAGCGAUGGUGGUAUGUGAGCCUACUAGGAUACACACACAUGGUAAAAUGAUAUCUGCUUGGCUUCCAAUGAAAACCAAGCAGACUAAGACUGUUACACUGUACAUGAUUGCCAUAGCUUUUAAGGUCUAGUAUGUGCUGUACGUAUGAAACUGAAGCUGCAGUUACCUCGUAAGACCUUUUCAGAGGCCACGGACAAGAUGGGCAGGUUCAAACAUCUCAUUCCUUUAGUGAAAUCUCAGUAACACAAAAACAUCACAGCUGACCAGUCAGAUAAUCACAGCAAUAACUGUAAAAAAUAAAAAACCAUCUCAAAUGAAAAAGUAAAAGGAGGUAAAUCAAUGAAAUACGUUGCGCUUAUGCAUUUCACAAAGAGACAUUGGUCAACAUGGAAACCUCCAAUCCAAAAGAGACAAGGGAUCUCUUGGAUGCUUUUACUCAUUGUUAUACCAAUCUAUGAUGUAUGAUAUUUUACAUUACUUAUGUGAAGUGUUGUAAUUUUUUUUUAUCAACAUGCCUCGUAUAUUUCUACUUCAGUUAGUGACUUUCUGCAUCCUCCAGAAUGCCUUUUGACAACUGCAGAAAACAGGUAUAAACUUAUUUACAG